AUGAAUACAGUACUAUCCAUGAAUUCUGCUCAUCCACCCGACCCCGAUGCUAUUACGGCUCAACGAAGUCGUGCUCGUCGACACUUACAAAGCCAAGGAACAGGAUUUUGGUCCACUUAUCCGGGACUCGCUAUGUUCUUGGUGUAUAUGCUGCUUUCGAGCUUGAUCAAUGUCCCAGCCAAACUCUGGCUUCACGACAAGAGAAUUGAGUUUUCUGUCAGGAUCAUGUGGGGACUUCUCCUGACGAAUUUGCAUACAGCCUGGGUUCACAUCGUCAUUUCAAAGCCCAGCAAGAAAUCGUUCUGGCAGCGGAUUCCGGGCUGGCGAGAAUGGAUUGAAAUCCUCCCGGCCGCUUCUCUGGAUAUAAUACUGCCGUCCCUUGUCUACCAUUUGCUCAAGACACCGCUGGCACUUCUUCACGACAGCCUCUUUUCCGAUGCUACAGGCGAUAAGGACAUUAAAGCAUACAUCGAGAUAGUCUUCAUGCUGCCACUGGCCUUGGCGUACGCGACCUCACUUAUCACUCGGGCUAUAUAUAUCAGAGUUGCAGCCUCGAUACUGCCCAGCGAGGACGAACCCCUUGUGCCCUUCGACCGCAGUUUCGGCGGCCAAGCAAGAAACAGCCAGACAUACAGUCUCAGUAUCAAGAAUGCUAGAGCUGGGAAAGCGCAGAGUUGGAAUCGGUACGUGAAUACCGUUUGGGGAACGCUGGGGGCCGAGCUUAUCUGCUUGGGUGUCUCUUCCCUUAUCCUCUCUGCAGAGUUGGUUUUUUGGACGCCGUGUACUGUGAUGGGGUUGAUCAAGUUGGCUUUUGCAGAUGCUUCUUAG